ACUAAAUUUGCAAUCACUUACCGCGCGCAGUGGGCUUCUUGUCUGAUUUCGUUCUAGGGUUUCUGCUCGAGUCUCUCUCUCUCUACACAUACGUGUGUGUGUAUAUAUAUAAUCGUUGUGUCGAGAAUCGUUUUGGAUUUCAGGUUGAAGUUGGGAAUGGACGGGGAGGAGUUGACUGAGCAGGAAACUGCAUUGUAUGAUCGACAAAUUAGGGUUUGGGGCGCUGAUGCUCAACGGAGAUUGAGUAAAGCUCAUAUAUUAGUAAGUGGACUCAAAGGGACUGUCGUUGAGUUUUGCAAGAACAUCGUUUUAGCAGGAGUAGGUAGUUUGACGCUAAUUGAUGACCGUCCAGUGACCGAAGAUGCAAUAUCAGCGAAUUUCUUAAUUUUUCCUGACGAAAGUAUAUUUGCUGGGAAAUCACUUGCUGAGCUCUGUUGUGAUUCUUUGAAAGAUUUCAAUCCUAUGGUUCGUGUUUCUGUUGAAAAGGGGGAUUUAUCAAGCUUUGGUGGGGAUUUCUAUAAAAAAUUUGAUGUCGUAGUUGUCAGUUGUUGCUCCCUUGAUAAAAAAAAAUUGGUGAAUGAGAAAUGCCGCAAGUUGUCAAAGCGUAUUGCAUUUUAUACAGUAGACUGUAGAGACUCUUGUGGUGAAAUAUUUGUUGAUUUGCAGAACUAUACUUAUUCAAAGAAAAAACUUGAUCAAGCGAUCGAAUGCCAGCAAAAGUAUACCAGUUUUGAGGAAGCAAUUGCAAUUCCUUGGAGAUCUCUUCCUAGGAGAAUGUCAAAGCUAUACUUUGCUAUGAGAGUCAUCGAAAGGUUUGAAAAGGUUGAGGGACGUAAUCCUGGAGAAACUUCAAUUACAGACCUUCCUAAGGUGCUGACAUUGAGGAAGGAACUUUGUGAGGCACAUUCCUUGAAUGAAUCUCAGAUUCCUGAUUCUCUCCUCGAGAGAUUGAUAGUGGGUACAAGAGAAUUCCCUCCAGUUUGUGCAAUUGUUGGAGGAAUUCUUGGACAGGAGGUUAUUAAAGCAAUAUCAGGCAAAGGAGAUCCCAUAAAAAAUUUCUUUUUCUUUGAUGCCAUGGAUGGGAAGGGCGUGAUUGAGGACAUAUCAAAUUAACACCAGAGGGUAAGCCAUUAUCGUUGGGGAGGUUUUGAAUCACCUGAGGAUAGAAACUUAGGAAUACAGCUCUAGGGUGUCCUUUUGACUUGUGACCGUCUGUCCUAUGGAAAAUUUUUAAACUCAUUGUAGGUUUCAUGGGGAGGCAGAACUUUAUUUUUUGGUGGAUUUUGCUGCAGAUUAUUAGGACUACUGUAUUGCUAAUUAAUCUUAACGUUAUACUUGCCGUCUCGGAUGAGAUGUUUACGUUUUUUUAUAUGUAGUGUUGACCAUCAUCAUGAUCAUGAAGGGAUGUUCAGGGAUUCUUCUGACCCUGACCCUUUGGUUGUACCAGUUAAGAGUAUUAUGAGAUGGAAAAUGGAUAGUCUAUUUGUCUUGGA